UUCGACAAACUCGCUGUUGCACAAACUACAACGAUGCCCCAGCAUAAAACCGUUGAGGAAACUGCUACCACAGCAGAGGAAAAUCCCGUAGAAGAAGCUGCGACUGUUGCAAAGACUGUGAAAAAUUCAGAAUCCGGUAACAUCCUCGAUAUCUUCAAUCCUAAUAAAAAAGGUACGGCAACAGGUGACGAUCAACAGCAGCCAGCCAAUAUUUUCGAUUUAUUUAAACCGAAAACGGAUGAUGCCGGUAGUGAUCAAAAAAAGGGUAAAGUUGGCAAACCUAAGGAAGUUUCUAAUUUUUUGGAUCCGUUCCAUUUGAAGGAUAAAAUUGAUAAAAUUGUUGAUAAAACUAACGAUAAAACAACUGAAUCUGAUGAUAACAAGAAAGAUAAUCCCAUCAAUUUGCUCGAUCCAUUUCAUUUAAAGGAUAAAAUUGAUAAAAUUGUUGAUAAAACUAACGAUAAAACAACUGAAUCUGAUGAUAACAAGAAAGAUAAUCCCAUCAAUUUGCUCGAUCCAUUUCAUUUAAAGGAUAAAAUUGAUAAAAUUGUUGAUAAAACUAACGAUAAAACAAUUGAAUCUGAUGAUAACAAGAAAGAUAAUCCCAUUAAUUUGCUCGAUCCAUUUAAUUUAAAGGAUAAAAUUGUUGAUAAAACUAACGAUAAAACAACUGAAUCUGAUGAUAACCAAGACAGUAAUCACCCAAUCCCACCAAAUCCGACUAAUUCUAAGGUGCAAACUAUUUCUAAUGAUACAACUGAUAAUAUUGAAAACAAUAACACAAUUGAAUUCAAGAACACGGAUGAUAAAAAAACUGACGUUAAACCGUUGUUCCCGUCUGACGAUCCGUUUAACUUGAAGAAAACUAUCGAAGACGCUCAACAAGCAAUGAAAGAAAAGGGACUUGGAGGUCUGAUCCAAAGCGUCCAACAAAACGUACAGGCUACUUGUACAGCUCUCUUCGUCGAUGGAGGAGCUCAACAGAUAAUUGAAUCUGUAAUUGUUUGGUUCAAGGACUUGAUGAAAAUCAUCGAAGAAAAAGGAAUACCCGCAGUAAUGUCUCAAGUCGUAGAAAAAAUAAAGGAAAUUCUAGCCAAAUCCAUUAUUGAAAAUAACAAAUGGCCGGCUAAAGCUUUGACGCAAGUUUAAUUAACAAUGUUCAACAGAAAAACUGUUCAAUCUGCUUCAUCUUCUAUUCUAUCAUUAAACUUUUCAAUUUUA